AGAGAGAGGGAGAGAGAGAGAGAGAGAGAAAGAAAGAGAAAGACACACACAUACACACCAGAGAGAGAGGCUUUUUUUGGGUAUAUUUAAUACAGAAACUGAGGAGCUACAUAUUCAGACAAGCCUCGCCCUUCAUGCACGAUAUGGGCUCUCCAGGGCAGAUCCCGGGACAAGAUAUGGAGCUGUGAACCAGCCCUUCUCUCCAUCUCCCAUUUUGCUGCUUUGCCUGCUUCUCUCCCCCAAAAAAACCCCCAAAAACAACCCACCUCUUCCAACCCUGCUAUAGCGGUUUGGCUCCGACUCCUCUAAGAGAAGAAGAAGAAGAAGAAGAGAAGGGGGGAGAAAAAAAGGAAAAAAAAAAAACCCAAGUGGGAGGGAGUAGUAAACUUUCCCCAGCUGCUGUCCAGACACACACAUGCUGCAUUGCUGCCAUUCCCCAAACACUGCUCCAUCCAUCCCUAGGGCUCGGCCACUAGCUUGCUAACGUAGCGGGCUAGCUCUUGGCACAAAAAGCAGGCCUGUCCUUAGGGAUAAAAAUACAAGCAGACUGUGUACACUUGUCUCUUUCUUCCUUUCUUUUGUAUCCUGCUGUUUUUCCGGGUCAACCCAGCCACAUACUCGCCAGGCGGCUCCUUUUUUGUGUUCAGCCCGUCAUUCCCGCUGCUCUGAGCAGCAGUGGAGGAUCGCUAACGUAAGCAGCCAGUCAUUCAUUUAAAAACAAGGCAGCCUGAGGAAGGGGAACUAGAGGAGGUUACUCAUCUGAGGACGGGAUGAUGGAGCCCAGCAUGGAGAACUGCCUGACCCAGGUCCUGCAGAAGGACAUGGGCCGACGGCUGCAGGUGGGUCAGGAGAUCAUCGACUACAUCCUGGAUAAAGAGAAGUCCUACGACCUGGAGCAGGAUCAGACCGCUCUGGAUAAGAUGGUGGACGGCAUCGCCAGCUCGUGGGUCAACUGCAGCAACUUCAAGGUGGCUCUGCUCGGCUUGGACCUCUUAUCUGCCUUAGUGACGAGGUUACAGGAGAGAUUCAGGGCUCAGGUGGGAACAGUCCUGCCGAGCCUUAUCGAUCGAUUGGGAGAUUCCAAAGACCAAGUACGAGAACAAGACCAAACCCUGCUGCUAAAGAUCAUGGAGCAAGCCGCCUCGCCACAGUACGUGUGGGACCGGAUGCUGGGAGGCUUCAAACAUAAGAACAACAGGACCAGAGAAGGAGUGUGCCUUUGCCUCAUCGCCACACUGAACACGUACGGAGCUCAAGGCCUGACUCUCAGUAAAAUUGUCCCCCACAUAUGUAACCUGCUGGGAGACCCAACGAGUCAGGUGCGUGACGGAGCCAUGAGCUGCUUGGUGGAGAUCUACAGACAUGUGGGUGAGAGGGUGAGGAUGGAUCUCAGCAAGAAGGGCCUGCCGCAGUCACGGUUGAAUGUAAUCUUCAGCAAAUUCGAUGAAGUCCAAAGAUCGGGGAACAUGAUCUCAUCCUCUGGCUCAGAUAAGAACUUUGAAGAUGAGGACUCUGUGGAUGGAGGCCGGUCCUCCUCCUCCUCGUCCUCUAAAGCUCCCCCUAGUGGAAGGAGGACUGUAAUCAGCUCUGUGAGAAGACCAAGUGCAACCAGCACAGUGAAGAUCACAAGUAAAGAAGCCGCGGCCGGAGCUGUAGAUGAAGAGGAUUUCAUCAAAGCCUUUGAAGACGUGCCCACAGUCCAGCUCUACUCUAACAGAGAGUUCGAGGACCAGAUGUCCAAGACCAGAGAAGUUCUGUCUGAUGAUAAACACGACUGGGAGCACCGAGUGGUAGCACUGAAGAAGGUGCGUUCCCUCUUGGUAGCCGGAGCUACAGAGUAUGAAGGUUUUCCUCAGCAGCUGCGGCUCCUCGAGGCUCCGCUCAAGCUUUCUGCUAAAGACCUGCGAUCCCAGGUGGUCCGAGAGGCCUGCAUCACACUGGGAUAUUUGUCGUCACUGCUGGGUAACAAGUUCGACCACGGAGCGGAGAGCGUCAUGCCCACACUGCUGAACCUCGUGCCCAACAGUGCCAAAGUCAUGGCCACGUCUGGAGUGGCAACCAUCCGCCUCAUCCUCAGGAAUACACACUACCCACGUCUCAUCCCCAUCAUCACCAGUAACUGCACGUCCAAAUCAGUAGCAGUCAGACGACGCUGUUAUGAGUUCUUAGACCUCAUGCUACAAGAGUGGCACACUAAUACACUGGAAAGACACGUGGCUGUUCUGACUGAAACCAUCAAGAAAGGCAUACACGAUGCAGACUCAGAGGCCAGAUCCAUCGCAAGAAAGUGCUAUUGGAGUUUCCACGGUCACUACAGCCGGGAGGCAGAGCAUCUGUUCCAGGCGCUGGAGUCCACCUAUCAGAAGGCUCUCCAGUCUCACCUGAAGAGCUCUGACAGCAUUGUGUCUCUACCGCAGUCUGACCGCUCCUCCUCGUCUUCCCAGGAGAGUCUGAAUCGUCCGCUGUCUGUGAAGAGCGUCCUGGGAGGAAGCAUGACAAGGAGUAAGCUGGUGAGCUCCAGGGUGUCCAGCACUCCCGGUUCCCUCCAGCGUUCCCGUAGCGACAUCGACGUCAACGCCGCCUCCAGCGCUAAGUCACGUCUGUCCACCGUCCCCGCCUCCUCGCCGUUCAGCUCGGCCGCCGCUCUCCCUCCAGGAUCCUACGCCUCAUUAGGUCGUGUCCGCACUAGAAGACAGAGCUCGGGCAGCGUCGGUGGAGCCAACACCUCGGUGGUGGACAGCAGGGGGCGCAGCCGAGCCAAAGUGGUCUCCCAGUCCCAGCCCGGCAGUCGCUCCAGCUCUCCUGGCAAGCUGCUCGGCCACAGCAGCUACGGCCGCAUCCCUCGAGCCACGGCGCCGCCUAACACCACGCCGGCCGACAAGCGCACCAGGAUCCCCCGAAGCCAAGGGUGCAGCCGCGAGACUAGCCCCAGCAGAAUGGGCCUCGCCCGGAGCCGCAUUCCCCGCCCCAGCAUGAGUCAGGGUUGCAGUCGCGACACCAGUCGCGAGAGCAGCCGCGACACCAGCCCCGCUCGGGGCUUUACUCCUCUGGAUCGGUACGGUUUGAUUCACCAAGCCAGAAUCUCUGCAUCAGUUAACGCCAUGAGGGUCCUUAACACGGGCACCGAGGUGGAGGCUGCUGUAGCUGAUGCUCUGCUAUUAGGAGACUCCAGGAAUAAGAGGAAGCCUUUGAGACGGAGGUAUGAAUCCCCGGGGAUGUACUCUGACGACGACGCCAACAGCGACGCGUCCAGCGCCUGCUCGGAGCGCUCGUACGGCUCCAGGAACGGCGGCAUCCCUCAUUACCUGCGUCAGACGGAGGACGUGGCCGAGGUCCUGAACCACUGCGCCAGCUCCAACUGGUCAGAGAGGAAGGAAGGUCUGCUGGGUCUGCAGAAUCUCCUCAAGAGCCAAAGAAUACUGAGCCGAGUGGAGCUGAAGAGACUCUGUGAGAUCUUCACCAGGAUGUUUGCAGAUCCACACAGCAAGAGAGUGUUCAGCAUGUUCUUGGAGACUCUCGUGGACUUCGUCACGGUGCACAGAGAGGACCUGCAGGACUGGCUUUUCGUCCUGCUCACCCAGCUGCUGAAGAAGAUGGGCGCAGACCUGCUGGGCUCAGUCCAGGCCAAAGUCCAGAAGGCCCUGGAUAUCACAAGGGAUUCCUUCCCAUUCGACCAACAGUUCAACAUCCUGAUGAGGUUUAUUGUGGAUCAGACUCAGACUCCAAACCUCAAGGUCAAAGUGGCCAUUUUGAAGUACAUCGAGUCGUUGGCUCGGCAGAUGGACCCGACUGACUUUGUGAACUCCAGCGAGACUCGACUGGCCGUGUCUCGUAUCAUCACCUGGACGACUGAACCCAAAAGCUCUGACGUCAGGAAGGCGGCCCAGGUGGUGCUGAUCUCCUUGUUUGAGCUCAACACCCCCGAGUUCACCAUGCUGCUGGGAGCUCUGCCCAAAACCUUCCAGGACGGAGCCACCAAGCUGCUGCACAACCACCUGAAGAACUCCAGUAACACCAGCAGCAGCAGCGUGGGGUCGCCUAGCAACACCAUCGGCCGAACGCCUCAGCGUCACACUCCCAGCAGGACGAGCCCGCUCACGUCUCCGACCAACUGUUCACACGGAGGACUUUCACCAAGCAUGAUGGAGUACGACACAGAGAAUAUGAACUCGGAGGAGAUUUACAGCUCGCUGCGUGGCGUCACAGAAGCCAUUCAGAGCUUCAGCUACCGCAGCCAGGAAGACCUGAACGAGCCAAUCAGACGGGAGGGAAAGAGGGACGACGCUGCCGGUAGAGAAGGCGUAGCGUCGUCUCCCGGCUCUGAUGCCCGCCUGGGUUUGGAUGUGGUGGAAGGGGGUCGCACCGCCUUGGACAACAAGACUUCGCUGCUCAACACGCCGUCAGCACGCUCCUUCACAGGGCCGCGCGGUCGAGAGUUCGCUCCUUACGGCUACGGAGAAACCAUCUGCAGCUACGAUAAGAGCGCCCUGAAGGAAGCCGUGUUCGAUGAUGACGUGGAGCAGUUCAGAGACUGCCGACGUCAGGAAAGUGGUGAAAACAAGAUGACGAUCCCCAAGGUCUUUGGUCCUGUCGGACAGGAUCACUCAGACAUGGUGGCCGACCUGCUUAAGGAACUGUCCAAUCACAACGAGCGUACAGAGGAGCGUAAAGGCGCCUUGGUGGAGCUGCUGAAGAUCACACGAGAAGACAGCCUGGCCGUGUGGGACGAACACUUUAAAACUAUCCUCCUCCUCCUGCUGGAGACACUGGGUGACAAAGAUCACACCAUCCGAGCUCUGGCCUUACGCGUGCUGAAGGAGAUUUUAAGGAACCAGCCGGCCCGCUUCAAAAACUACGCCGAGCUCACCAUCAUGAAGACCCUGGAGGCUCACAAAGACUCUCACAAGGAGGUGGUUCGUGCAGCUGAGGAGGCGGCGUCCACUCUGGCCGGCUCCAUCCACCCAGAGCAGUGCAUCAAGGUGCUCUGCCCUAUCGUGCAGACGGCCGAUUACCCCAUCAACCUGGCCGCCAUCAAGAUGCAAACCAAAGUCAUUGAACGCAUCGCCAAGGACUCUCUCCUGCAGCUGCUGCCAGACAUCAUCCCAGGACUCCUGCAGGGCUAUGACAACACAGAGAGCAGCGUUCGCAAGGCCAGUGUGUUCUGUCUGGUGGCUAUCUACUCUGUGAUUGGAGAGGACCUCAAACCCCACCUGGCACAGCUCACGGGCAGCAAGAUGAAGUUAUUGAACCUCUACAUCAAGCGAGCCCAGACGACCAACAGCAAUAGCAGCAGCUCCUCGGACGUCUCCUCUCACAGUUAAUGGAGGGGAGGUGUUUUUCCUUGGGAGACGCUCCCCCCUCCCCCCGACCCCCCCUGCGGCUGGACGGCUGUCCAGGACGCUCCUCUCAGACUCCUCUAUCUCUGAGCUUCCCUUCCUCUGCAUCAUAACUCAAACUCCACUGCGCUUUUCUUUUCGUUCCUCCUCCUCCUCUUCCUCCCUCCCCUGCCUGCCUUUUUUUGGCUCUGGAACCUUUUUGAAUGUAACUGUGGAUUGAUUUUAGAGCGGUGGGGGAAGAGACUCGACAUAUUUAAGAGUUUUUUUGGAUCGCUUCAUGAAAGAAAGAAUUGCACUUUCUCUUCCUCGCGCCUCUUUUUUUUUCUCUCUCUCUCUCUUUAUAAACGAGAGAUUCUCCUGCAGCCGUCACAGUUUGGUGGAAUGAGGAGUUCGUGUUUGAGAUUCAUGCAAAAAUAUCUGCAUCAAAAAGUUGAGGAAAUAAUAAUAACAAUAAUAAUAAUAACAAUAAUAAUAAUAAUUAUAAUAAUAACGAUGUGGUGCAAGAAAUUUCUGUCAAAUGGACUCCAGAUGUGGGAAGAAAUGUCAUUUGGCUGGCCCAGUGAUGGUAAUAAAUAAGCCCAGAGGUUUUGGGGAUGAAUUCUGUUUUUGGGGAACAUAAAAACCAAAUAUUUAUAAAAGAAAAAAAAGAUAUGUGUAAGGGAACAAUAUGACAGAAAAUAGAAAAGAACUUAAUUAUAAUUUUUAGUUAAUAUUUAAAUUUUAUUGAUCAUAAUCGCAGGCUCAGAGAAGCCUUUACAUUGUUUUUUUAUGUUAAUUUGUAAUUAAGAGUUGAGAGACAUAAUGAAUUGAAUCCCCCUCUUUCAUGAAAUUAAAAUAACUUCUCAAGCUUCAGAAAUUGACAAUCCUUAAAAAUGUACGUGCAGAUAUUUAAGUUUGAGGUACAGAAGAUGAAAUCGCUGUUAAACUGCACAAGUAAAAGUUUUUCUGACUUAAAAAUUCAUCAGAAAAAUCAGCAGACGAGUCUAUAAAAAGUUGUGUUGCCUGUAUCAUUUUAGUUUUUUCCACUCUUGAGCUUUCCAUCUUGCAUCGAGCUCAAAAAACGUUCACGCUUUCAGAAGAUGCCAUCGGCGAGGCUCAAGAGGAAAUCCUUUAACGUUGUAAAUAACCGCAGAUGUUUUUCCCUGCUCGGAUUUUUUUGGGAAAGAGAAACAGAGAAAGAGAGACGAUCCGAGACAGGUGAAAAAAAAACAACAAAAAGAGACAUGACCAGGCCUUAUUCACUUCACACACACACACACACACACACACACGCUCAUGUCUCCUGAUUUAAGGGGACACAGAGAGUGAAUGGGAUGUACAGCACUGUAACUCUUGGCUCUCAAGAAGAAGAAAAAAAAUGUGAAUCUGUAAGAAAAAGAAAAAAAAACAACAAACGGACCCCAGCAGUGUUUUCUUUGACCUGUGAUGACGACGCAAAUACAGUAUUAGUUGUUUCCUCCUCUGAUCUCCUUCAGUUCCCACCUUCACAUUAACAACCAACACAGCUUCUGCAAUAACCUGCAAAUAAUUAACACAGAUAUGAAUUUUUUAAAAAAAAAGGUUUUUGUACAUACACCUUUUUUCUUUUUUUUUCUUUUUUUGUCCAUGUCCAAAAAAAAAAGAAAAGUGAUGAACAGGUUGACUUAUCUCACUACUACUUUUUUCCCCCCCGCACGUUAGCAAAGUAGCUUGCAUGUAACCUCUGCAGCACACACACACACACACACACACACACACACACACACACACACACACACACACACAGUCAACUUUGUGCUGCUUUGAAUUGAAUUGAAUUGAAGCUGGGCCCGGUGAUUUUUUUCGGCUGUUUAAAAGUGCACUUGUAACAUCAUCAUAUUACUCAUUUACUCUGAUUUAAGGUUUCAAUCAAGAGGAGGUGGAUCAAAAAAAAAGAAAAGAAAAGGUAGAGAAAGGAGCACCAACUACUGACCAGGUGUAUUUUAGCCGGUAGCUGGAAAUGCAUACCUCAAAUGUUUGAUUUCAGUGUUUAGUUUAAAAGGUAUCAAAUGAUGUUAAAAUUUAAAAAACAAACAAAAAAAGCUUUAAAAGGUGUUUGAUUCAUGCUCGAUCUCUCUCUCUUGAAGCUGAUUGAUUUCUGUAGUUUUCACCCCUGGUUCUUCUUAAAGAGAUACGAGUCUGAUCUGAUUUCUAUUAUAAUGAGACGAGAGAGAAGGGAUCUUGACUCAUUACGCUUUUCUUUUUUUAAAAUAAACUCUUACUUUGCUAACGUCUAAUCAUCAUAUAAAAAAGGAAGUGUUAAGAAAUUCCUGCUUUUUCUCGUGGACCUGGAAGUGUGAAAGACAAUUACUGUACGUAUUGCGACAUUGGUGAUUUCAUUGAGUUAAUCCACUGCAAACAGAAAAAACUACAAGAAAACGGGCCAAUUCUUCUUAUUUAAGUUAAAUGAAUGUACAAAAUUUACAUGUGUGUGUGUUAAUUUGCUCUUUUUACAUAAUGUUUUCAUUGUUUUAUGUUUUUUUUUUUUCUUAAAAAAUGCUAUAAAAUUUUAAGUAAUGGUACUGAAAACGUUGUCAUACGCCCGUCUGCACUCGUACGUGACUUUUUUUUCUCCUUCGAACAGUUUCGGACCUUUUAAAUCAGUCGAGUUUUAAAGGCUGCUGCUGCACCAAUAGCAUACAGCAAAAAACUAAAAC